AUGAAGGGCCUUACAAUCGCCCUCGCGGCGCUCGUGUCGUCAACAUGCGCACAGUACAUGAAGGCUCCCACCGUGCCUCGGUACAUCUCUCAUAAAGCUGUCUCGAGACAGGAGGGCAACCAGACCGGUAGCGCGUGGCCGUACGGUCCCUUCAGUACCCGCGGCCGUGACAUCGUCAACAGCCGCGGCGAGGUUGUGACAUGGGCCGGCGUCAACUGGCCCAUGAGCGGAGAGACCAUGGUCCCCGAGGGCCUGGAAUGGGCAUCGGUCGACCAGAUUCUCGAUAACGUCGAGAGCGUGGGCUUCAACUACAUCCGCAUGGGCUACGCCAUCGAAAUGGUCGACCAGAUCUACGACCGCGAAGGCGAGGAUGUGCCCCUCGAGGUCGCCAUGAUCACCGCUCUAGGCUUCGUCAACGGCACGAAGGUCACCAACGAGAUCGUCCGCCACAACCCUUCCUGGACGCGCGAGACGACCCGCUUCGAGAUCUGGUCCGACAUCGCUGCCGCCGCCCUCGAGCGCGGCAUCUUCAUCUCGCCAGACGUCCACGUCAGCAAGGCCUCGUGGUGCUGCUCGCACAUCGACGGCAACGCCUGGUUCGACGACGUGCACUUCAACACCACGCACUGGCGCCGCGGCCUCUCGUACGUCGCCAAUUGGGCCAAGGCCCACCCCAACAUCGUCUCGCUGUCCCUCCGCAACGAGGUCCGCGAGUCGUGGAACGUGACGAACCUGUACUACAACUGGGAGACGCUGGUCGGCAACUUCUCGGCCGGCGCCGACGCCAUCCACGAGGCGAACCCGGACGUGCUCAUCCUCUGGGGCGGCAUGCAGUACGGCCAGGACCUCUCUGCGCUCACCUCCGGCAAGAACUACCUGACGGCGCCGUGCUACAAGUGUACCGCCAUCCGCGACGCCGCCCGCCGUGAGCCCAAGGUCUUCGACCUCGACAGCCAUGCCUGGGCCGACAAGCUCGUCUGGGAGCUGCACCUGUACAAGAUGAGCGAGGACCAGGACACGGGCACCUGCCCCAUCAUCGAGGCCGGCCUCUACCGUAGCGGGUUCAACGCGCUGGGCAUCGACAAGCCCGCGGCCUGCAACGUCACAAACGACUGCCCCAAGGCGAGCCGGUUGACGCCCGUCAUCUUUUCCGAGUUUGGCAAUGGCCAGGACGCCACACUGAGGAACGACACUCUCCAGGUGUGCUUGCGGGAGUACACCGUCAAGCACAACGUCAGCUGGAUGGUCUGGGGCCUUGCCGGCAGCUACCGCGUGCGCUCCGGCGCGCAGGGCGUCCCGGACACGUGGGGUCUGACCAACUAUGAGUGGAACGGAUGGAACGACCCCGAGACGAUUGAGGAUAUCUGGAAGCCUUGGGUCAAGGCGAUGAACCCGACGAGGAAGUCGUAG